AUGGAUCGAAAGUCAAAUAACUUAUUUGAAGUCGUAUCCCAAGGUGAUGAAGCUGGUCUUCAAAGGCUGUUGCUUGAGCGCAAAGAAGAAAAAAAUAUCGCAACCCUGGCUAUUAUAAUAAUCAAUCCCGCCUUUAAUGCUCAGCAUGGGAACACAGUACUUCACGAAGCAUCUUGGAAAGGAUACAGUCGUUGUGUGAAAAUACUUUGUAAUGUUUAUCCGAAAGAUUUCGAUGAGAAUUCAAACAAGGAGAAGUUGGAUUGGAAAAAAACUCACUUCGUGAAUCGAGUCAACUUCUGUGGAUUCUCAGCACUUCAUCUUGCAGCACAAAAUGGACAUAAUCAGACAUUGAGAGAAUUGCUUUAUGCUGGAUGUAGUACAUCAAUUCAUAAUGAUUAUGGUGACACGCCACUUCAUACUGCUUGUCGCUACGGUCAUGCGGGUGUGGUUCGGAUUCUCAUCUCAGCUAAAUGUGAUGUUGAUGCCUUAAAUCUUAAUCAUGACACUCCACUUCAUAUCACUUGUGCUAUGGGAAGGAGAAAGUUAACGAAGCUUCUACUUGAAGCUGGUGCCAUGCAAUUUCAAAAUUUGCAACACGAAACGCCUCGAGACAUUGCCCANAGUUAA